AUGCCGGACUUCAGCCAGUUUAUCAAGUACCUCAACGCCAACCUCCACGCACCGACUGGCCAGUACGCCGCCCUGGGCGGCGCCAGCGGAAAGGGCACUGGUGGAGUUAGUGGCGCAUCCGAGGCCGUGACACCCGCUUCCCACGGUGAUACCUCCGCCUUCAUCCGUUCCUGUGACACAACGUGGCGAGUACUGCUGUCUAGCGAUGCGGCUGCAAAGGAAAGUGGGGCACGAUCCAGCGGCUCAUCUGCCACGGCAGCGGCAGCCCACGCACCCCCGCCGCAUCCCUCCGUCACUAUUGGGCGGAUGAUGGUGUCCACAGAGGACCGCUGGCGUAUUCAGGCGCAGAUGCGCCGUGAGGAGGCACGCACUGGGCAGGCUCGGAAGGAGUACAACAAGAAGGUGACGCGCGCCAUCAAAGUGACGAAGGGACCGUCUGAGAACGCCUUUCCGCCAGGUCGUGGUCGUCCAUUGUAG